CAGGAGGCGGAAGCGCAGCGGGGGCGGGAAGGUUGUAGAGCCGCACGUUGGGCUCUGUUUGCAGGUCUCUAAGUGGUCGCGCCCCCUUUGAGAGAGCGAUCCGAAGGCGAGGAGGGUCCUGGGCGCUUUCUUGGCCCUGGUGACUGUAAAGUGCUGACCAGUUGCCACUGAGCAUAGUUGAAACAAAAUAGGAAGAUAUGGCAGCAAACCCUUCAGGACAAGGUUUUCAAAACAAAAACAGGGUUGCAAUCUUGGCAGAACUGGACAAAGAGAAAAGAAAAUUACUAAUGCAGAACCAGUCUUCGACUAAUCAUCCUGGAGCGAGCAUUGCACUCUCGAGACCCUCUCUUAAUAAGGACUUCCGGGAUCAUGCUGAGCAGCAGCAUAUUGCAGCCCAACAAAAGGCGGCUUUGCAGCACGCACACGCACACUCAUCUGGAUACUUCAUCACCCAAGACUCUGCUUUUGGGAAUCUGAUUCUUCCUGUCUUACCUCGCCUCGACCCAGAAUGAAGAAAAGAUUUGUGACAAAAGUGACUGGAAUAUCAGAUGCCAAAGCUACUAUCAUUUAGUGCUUUACAAACUGUGACUUUCAGAAUUUUGGUGAACUUUUAUACUUUUAUUGCUUCUUUAAAAGAAAGGCAUGUGUACGUCAGAGCAGAAAGAAGGGUCUCCAGGAGGAUAAGAGCUCUGGGGGCUGUGGUAUCUGAGGAACUGGUGCUGCUGCCUGUGACUGUUUUGGAACACAAUUUGAUUUUCUGAACCCAAAUCAGAAUUGAAGGGUCACAUAAAUUCACCCCUACCCCCACCCCCCCAACUAGGUGGAUUGAGUAUAUCAUUGUCCACAGUAGACUUUCAUGAACCAUUUAUAGUACUUAACUUUAAAGAAAUGAGGGUGCUUUUAAAAACGUGAACCAAUAGGCUUAAAUAAGUUACAUUCAUAUUUGCUGUUUGUAGAACUGCUAUCAAUGUACCUUUUGUGUUUAUAGUCAACUUGUCAUCCUGAAAUACUCUUUAACUCAUAACCAACUCCCUUAUUCUCCAUUUUCAAAGAAUCUAAGACUAAGUUACCAGUCUUAAACAUCUUUUAUAAACCUAUGCUACUAUAAAUUAUGUGAUUAAAUGCGAUUAAAAACAAUGAUAAGAAAUGUGAUUUUAAAA